AUGAUGCGUUGCUCCAUCGCUGUGGCGCUGGUCGCGCUGCUGGCUGUCUCUGCCGAGGCCGCCAAGCCCCCCACCGUGCUGGCCGCCGUGCUGGCCUCCCCCGACCUCAGCCUUCUGGUUGCGGCGGAGAAGGCCGACGACCCCGCCGUCGCCCAGCUGCUGGGCUCCAAGGCCUUUGGCGGCACUUGGAUCCAGACCCUGGUGAAGGGCCACCCCGGCGUGCUGAAGAUCACCAAGAAGAAGGUGGUUCGCCUCUAUACCACCUCGGGCGGCAGCGCCCUGGUCGUCAAGGCCGACAUCAAGGCUGGCAAGGCUGUGGUGCACAAGAUCAACCGCGUGCUGGUGCCCGGCAAGAAGGUGUGGUGGCCCAAGGCCAAGGUCAUCACCUGA